CUCCCUGCUGGGGAUCACGUGGUUUUACCCGGGCCAAUCAAAUGAGGGAAUCCGGUUUGCGCGUUCUUGCAGAGCGCGGGGAGGACAGAAGCGGGUAGCAGCGCACUUGUGUUACCGUCACAUCCACAUUACCGGGAGAAUCCUACAUUUCUACAAAAAUGUCAGAAGAGAAGCCAAAGGAGGGCGUGAAGACCGAAAAUGACCACAUCAACUUGAAAGUGGCCGGUCAGGAUGGAUCUGUGGUCCAGUUUAAAAUUAAGAGGCAUACCCCCCUCAGCAAACUGAUGAAGGCCUACUGCGAAAGACAGGGUUUAUCUAUAAGGCAAAUUAGGUUCAGGUUUGAUGGUCAGCCAAUCAAUGAGUCGGACACACCUGCACAGCUGGAAAUGGAAGAUGAAGACACUAUCGACGUAUUCCAGCAGCAGACGGGAGGAGCCUGCUAAAGGUGAAGCACAUGUGAAUGAAGCUGGUUUAUUUGUGCUCAUCUUCACUUCCGCUGCAGUUCGGGGCUGAAAUUGAAAAAGUUUUGGAAAUCUAAUGUUUGUUCAUUUAUUUUAUUUUUUUGUUCCAUUUUUAAUCAUCCAAAGACCUCAUUUGAAUUUUUGCAAUGUUCUCGCUGAACUAAACUGGAAAUGACAGUUAGUAAUGUUGACACCCCCCUCCCCCCUUUGGAGUUUAUUGUAUGCCUAUUGUAUUAUGUAUGUUUGUACCUCCCCCAUCUAUUUUUAUAUACAAGGAGGAAAAGGAUGUUUGUGGUUUCUUAGUAUGGUCUCAGAUUUUCUUUAAUGGCAGUAAACUAAACUUCAAGACACCCUUUUUAUGAACCGUUUCAAAUGUUGACAUUGCAGCAUUGUAUUUUUCUGACUCCUCAAGGUUUGAUAAAGCUAGAUUGUUUGUUGAAUACAGUUAGCCAUUUUUAAUUUUAAAAGCUUUGAUGCAUAUGUUUUUAAAAGUUUCUGUUUGCUUAAGUAUGAAUUUCAUGAGAUACAAAUUAAGUGUUCCCUUUGAUUUUAUCGUCUCAUAGUUUGCCCUUUCUACAAAUGUGAUUAUUGUAACGUCACUCUCAUUUAGCCUUUCUGGCAUAUCAAGAGUAUUAAACACUCCUGGUGUAACUGCAAAUCCACAUUGAACUCAUGCCAAAUCAACAUGUGUGAGUGUUGUAAUGGGAAUGGCAGGGGUGUUUGGGAGAGCAGAAGAUCCUGUGUUGGCCAUUUACUACUGUAUAUAAUAAAUAUAGUUUAAUACUGA